CAAAUAAAUCGUGAGAGAUUGGAAGUUGAAUCGAACUUUGAACCGACUCUUGAGUUCAGUGAAUUGUUUGAUCGUUCUGUUGUUUUUCUUCCUCAGUUGCGGCUGCUGGUGGAGUUAGUUUGGCCUUUAUUCCUCUUCUUUAUUCUCGUGGCGGUCAGAUCCACCAAUUAUCCUGUUUAUAAAAGCGAAUGCCACUACCCCAAUAAGCCCCUCCCCUCGGCAGGUGUGUUGCCAUGGAUACAGGGCAUGUUGUGUAACAUGCAGAACCCUUGUGUCAGUUUCCCCACACCUGGAGAAGCUCCUGGACAGGUGAACAACUUCAACAACUCCACAGUGACGAAGGUGUUGGUGGAGGUUCAGUCUCUGCUGGCGGAUCCUGCUUUCUUCAGCUCUGCUAAACUGAUCUCUGAUGAUUUCAGCCAGUGGACGUCUGUCCUGCAGAACACAAACACAAGCGCAGGUCAGUCUAUUCCCCUCCGCAAUUUGCUGAAGACCAACGAGACGUUUUCAGAAUAUCUGACGAACAGCCUUUCGGUGCCAAACACAACAGUGGCGAGUCUGAUGAGGGUGAAGGUUCGGCUCGGACAGUUGCCUUCACUCUCUGCUGAUGGAGAUCUGCGCUCUGUGCUCUGCGGUCCAUCAGUCGAUCGCAUCCUGGAGUUCAGCUCAGCCAAUCAGAAAGCAGAAUUUCAGAACAUCACAUGCUCCCUGACAGCCAAUCAGCUUCUUCAAGCCAGACGAGUGUUUGUGCAGAAUCUGGACAACCUCAAACUCAUGAACGCACUUCCAUUAGCUCUGGGUCUGAACCGCAUAGAGGCAGCCGUUCUGAUGGCACAGACCAGCGCACACAUCUCCACACUCAUGACGGCGCUGCCUGACUUCAGAUCUUCAGCGCUGCUGGGAGCCGCUGGGUCUUUAGACUUCAGGUCGGAUCCGUUCGGAGGCAUCACUCAGCUGCUGUGUGGAAGCAGAUUGAACAAAACAUCCAACAUCACCAGCAGAUCAACAACAACAGGAUCUGACCAGCAAAACACACGCGCCGCAACCGCAGACAACAGCAACUCGACCAGCACCAACACCAGCGAGUUCUGUAAGAACCUGACGGACUCACUGGAGAGCUCGUCCAGCACGCGUCUCAUCUGGAGGACCUUCAAGCCUUUUCUGCAGGGAAAAAUCCUUUACACACCUGACACCAACGUCACGCGCAGGAUCAUCAAAGAGUUUGAUCAAUCAAGUCUGGACGAGGGCAUUUGCAGCGACAGCAUCAGCAGUCUGGACCCUCCAGAUGUGUCUGAUGUGAGUCGUCUGGUGCGCCGGCACGUCCCGGAGGCAGAGUUUCUGGAGGCGGUGGGUCAGGAGCUGGUUUAUGUUCUACCAUACAGCGGAGCCACAAACGGCAGCUUCGCCACACUCUUUAAAGAGCUCGACCUGGAGAAAAACACACUGGGAGUCACCAGCUACGGCAUAUCCGACACCAGCCUGGAGGAGAUCUUCCUGAAAGUGGCUGAAGACACGGGUGUUGACGUUGAAUCUCAUGAUAAGCCCAAACAAAAGCCCAGAAGCAGCUCAAGGAUAUCAGGAAAGCAGAGUAUCAGCUCAGCGCUGGAAUGCAGAGAUGCAAAAACUGUGAAAAAUGAGGCGAAGGUUAGAUUCGCUAGUCGUGUUGAGGACACGCACCGGCCCAUGUGUGCGAAUGGUAAAGGAUCAGAUGUCAUCAACGGCUGGUCACUGAUCAGACAGCAGUUUCUAGCUCUCUUUAUCAAGCGAUUCCACCAUGCUCGCAGAAGCCGGAAGGGAAUUAUAGCUCAGGUGGUGAUGCCGGCGUUCUUCGUGUGUUUGGCUCUGAUUUUCUCUCUGAUUGUUCCUCCGUUUAAUGAAUAUCCCAGUCUGGAGCUUCAGCCCUGGAUGUAUGGAGCUCCGCAGAACACCUUCUACAGUUUUGAUGGUCCUGGAGUGGUUCAGGUGGAGAAGGUGACGAACGCUUUGCUCAAUUCACCAGGAUUUGGGACUCGCUGCAUGAGCACAAACCCCAUACCUAGGUUACCGUGUGUCUCUACUGGUUCCACUAAUUGGUUCACUCCUGCUGUGGAUCCGUCCAUCAGUGAUAUCUUUGAUAAAGGAAACUGGACUAUGCAGAACCCGUCUCCCGCCUGCCAGUGCAGCACCGCAGAGCGCAGCUUCAUGCUGCCCGACUGCCCACCUGGAGCCGGGGGUCUGCCGCCACCACAGAGAACUCAAAACACCACAGACACUCUGCAGAAUGUCACCGGCAGAAACAUGACCGACUUCCUGCUCAAGACCUACCAGAAAUCAGGGAAAAUACGGUGUGGUUCUACAAUCCGGGCUGGCACUCUCUGGUGUCGUUCCUGAAUGUGGCCAGUAACGGCGCUCUGAGAGGGAAUUUGCCGGCGGGACGCAGACCUGAAGAUUACGGCAUCACCACAUUCAACCACCCGCUCAACCUGACCAGAGAACAGCUCUCAACAGCAGCACUGGCAUCGUCGUCUACAGACGUGGUGGUGGCGAUCUGCGUGAUCUUCGCCAUGUCCUUCAUACCAGCCAGUUUCGUGCUGUUUCUCAUCCAGGAACGCGUCACUAAAGCCAAACACCUGCAGUUCGUCAGCGGCGUCAAUCCCACCAUCUACUGGCUCGCCAACUUCGCCUGGGACAUGUGUAACUACAUCGUCCCGUGUGUGAUCGUCAUCAUCAUCUUCCUCUGUUUCCAACAAAAGUCCUACGUUUCUCCACCAAACCUGCCUGCGCUGAUCCUGCUGCUGGCGCUCUACGGGUGGUCCAUCACUCCGAUGAUGUACCCGUUCUCGUUCGUCUUCAGUGUUCCCAGCACAGCGUAUGUGGUUCUGACCUGCAUCAACCUGUUCAUCGGCAUCAACGGCAGCGUCGCCACCUUCGUCAUGGAGCUCUUCGACGACCCGAAUAUUACUCGUAUCAAUGACAUCGUCAAACAGGCUCUGCUGGUGUUUCCUCAUUUCUGUUUGGGACGAGGCCUGAUGGACAUGGCCAAAAACCAGGCGGUGGCCACACUCUACCAAAACCUGGGUGAAGACCGCUUCGUGAAUCCCCUCACCUGGAAUAUGGUGGGCAAGAAUCUGUUUGCCAUGUCCAUCCAGGGCGCCGUCAUGUUCGCCGUCACACUCCUGAUCCAGUACAAGUUCUUCUGCAAACCACGGUCCGUGAAGUCUCCGUUUACUUCAUCAGCGGAGGAGGAUGAAGACGUGGCCCGCGAACGAGAGCGAGUUUAUAACGGCGGAGCCCAGAAAGACCUGCUGCACAUCUGUGACCUCACUAAGGUGCUGCUGAAGAACCCGGUUCUGGCAGUGGUUCUGGACCAGACACUGGAGAACACUGGCUUCUCCUCAGCUGUGAUCAGUAAUUUCCUAUUCAACGGGCCGGAGUCAGAGCGGCCGGCGGGAAUGCCUUCAUUCGACUGGAGGAACGUCUUUAACGCCACGAGCCAAUCAGCACAGCAGCUCACGCAGAUCCUGAAGGUCUGUCUGCAUUUACUGAAGGGUGUUACAAAGUCGUGGUCUCCCACAGCACGUGAUAACCCCCUGAAUGACCUGCGGUAUGUGCGUGGAGGAUUCGUGUACCUGCAGGAUAUGGUGGAUCGAGCCAUUAUUAAACUCCAGACGGGGGUGCAGCAGACGCUCGGAGUUUACGCUCAGCAGAUGCCCUACCCCUGCUACAUGGAUGAUGCGUUUCUGCGCUCUCUGACGCGCUCCCUGCCCUUAUACAUGACGCUCGCGUGGAUCUUCUCGGUUGCGCUGAUAGUCAAGGGUGUGGUUCAGGAGAAAGAGGCGCGUCUGAAGGAGACCGUGAGGAUGAUGGGAUUGAAGAGCUCCACCUACUGGCUGAGCUGGGCCAUCAGCAGCACUUUACCCCUCGCCGUCAGCGCCGCACUCCUCACGCUCAUUCUCAAGUAUGGAAAGGUUCUGCGAUACAGUGACCCUUCGGUGAUCUUUGUGUUCCUGCUGGUCUUCUGCCUGGCCACAGUCAUGCAGUGCUUUUUCAUCAGUGUGUUUUUCUCUCGGGCGAAUCUGGCUGCCGCCUGUGGGGGCCUUCUGUACUUCCUGCUCUACCUGCCGCACGUGCUCUGCUACGCCUGGAGGGACGUGCUGGGAUUCGGAGCCAAAAUCGCAACGAGUCUGCUGUCGUGUGUGGCGUUCGGAUACGGCUGUGAGAAUUUCUCCACCUAUGAAGCUCAGGGUGUGGGGAUCCAGUGGAGCAACAUCCGCAGCAGCCCGCAGGACAACGACAGAUACUCCUUCAUCGUCUCCAUCUUCAUGAUGCUGUUCGAUGCGCUCAUAUACUGGACCCUCACCUGGUACAUCGAGAACGUCUAUCCAGGCCAGUACGGGAUUGCAAAGCCGUGGUAUUUCCCCUUCACCUCCUCAUACUGGUGUGGAUCAAGAGUGGGAUCUGAUGGCCAUCCAGACCUGCUGCAGGACCUAGAAAACCAGAGCGGUUUUCUGGAAAAGCCUCCAUCUGGCCUGAAGCCCGGCGUCUGCAUCCGGAACCUGGUGAAGGUUUAUAAGACGGGGAAUAAAUUGGCGGUGGAUGGACUGAGCCUGGACUUCUAUCAGGACCACAUCACCUCAUUUCUAGGACACAACGGAGCCGGGAAAACCACUACCAUGUCGAUUCUGACGGGUCUGUUUGCUCCCACGUCUGGAACGGCUUACAUUAACGGCUACGACAUCCGAACAGACAUGGACUGCAUCAGAAAACAGCUGGGAAUGUGUCCGCAACACAACGUGCUCUUUGACGAUCUGACGGUGGAGGAACACAUUUACUUCUAUGCCCGUCUGAAAGGCAGAAGCUCUAAAGAGGUGAAGAAGGAAAUCGAUCAGAUGAUAAAAGAUGUUGGUCUUCCUCACAAACGCAAAGACCUAGCUAAGAAUCUCUCAGGUGUGUGUGUAUCACGAUGCUGGCUUAACAAACUUAGUAUUACAGAAUUAGUUUGGAGUUGACAAAACCAAACCAGU